AUGCGACAACGAUUGAAAAUGACACGCGACACAUCGAUUGUAGCCGGCUUGAUACCAAUUGUACGUGUAGUGAAUGGCAUUAGUGACCCUAAUACAGCUCUUUACGCUGUUGAUCGAGGCGGCAUGAAAAAAAACGGAUUUUACAGCUCGAUCACGAUGGAUAAACUUGAGUCCACAAUAUCGGUCGAUUCAAAGCCGAAAACGAAUCGAAUUCACACCUCGUUUCAUGCAUCGAUUUCACUG